AUGCCAUAUAUAUGGAAUAUAUAUGGGCUGAACAAGAUUAUAGAAUGGAAUGCUGAAGUUAUCGAAUCGUUGGAGGAAGAAUUGGACUGUGUGAUUCAACACGAUUUCGAUAGUAAAGAAUUGAUCAGUGACAAAUUCAAUGUUACAUACGAUGAUUGUGAUGGCAACAUGUAUAUAUGUCUAUGUUUUGAUCUAGAGCAGGAUAAUCAUCGUAGGGAGAGCUGCGAUCAGUUUUUUAAGUUUUUAAAGAAUCAUACUGGUGUUAUCAUAUGGCCUAUUAAAUUCGAUGAAAUCGAUAUGACUGGCAUUAUUGAUUGUACAAUUCAUGAGAAAGAGAAAUGGUAUGAUACUAAAUUUGAAAUUUCUACUGAGCCUGGUAAGGGCAUUGAUAAAUUUGUCAUUGAACUUAAUGCUAGCAGCUGUCGCUCAAUAUGUAACGGGUCUAUGGAGAAUGCAUAUCGAGAUGGGAUUUUACCUUAUUUGUAUGAUAAAACUGGUAUAAAAGUAGAGAAAUUGCAGAUAAAUUGCAUUAUACUGACUAAUUUGAUGACGAUUUAUAAGGAUAGAAUAGUAACGAUACAAUUUAAACUAUCAAAAGGUGUACUUGUAAGUAUAUGUAAUAGAAAAGCUAUAUAA